CGCGCACCGCCAACGCGAUCGUGCGUCGCUGUAUUUGUUUCUGUUGGUGUUGGUGAGUAGCGGCGGCGGCGGCAUUACUUUUCUCAGCGCUGCACGGCGUCGCCAGUCGUGUCUCAGCACCCGACAGCAGCAGACGUGUGUGGCAGCAGCAGCAGUCAGCUCCAAACCGGACCAGGACCCAUACCCAGUGCCACCCCCACGCCACCACCACUCUCUUCUACACUGAACCAAAGAGGCAGCAAGUAAAAAAAAAGAAAUACCAUGAAUCCAGCCGCUCAGUUGCUGCGCCUGCGCAGCGCCACCGCUUUGGGCAGCGCGGUCUCGUCGCGCUCCAUCUCGACCAACCGGCGCGAGCGGACCACCAGUACCGCCAGCGCGCAGCGGGAGCGGACGCAGGGCGUCAGCGAGACGGACAAGUUCCUGCACUACAGCGCCGAGGACGGCUACUACAAGACCUCGCCCUUUGACCCCGUCACCGUGCCCAAAGUGCCGCUCCACGAGUACGUGUGGCGCGACUUCAAGAAGUGGGAGCGUCGCACCGCUGCGGUGUGUGUGAUCACCGAUCGGCAGUAUACUUUUGCCCAGAUGCGAGAUGCUAGUGCCGCUUUUGCCGUACGUUUGCAGACCAAGUUUAAGCUCCAUAAGCCGGAUGUCUUGGCCAUCUGUCUUCCCAAUCUCCCCGAGUUCCCCAUCGCCACAUUGGGCGCCAUCGAAGCGGGUCUUACGGUGACCACCGUGAAUCCCGUCUACACGCCGGACGAGAUCGCCAGGCAGCUGACCUUCAGCGGGGCCAAGUUCCUGGUAGGAACGGUGUCGGGAUUCCCCACCCUGAAAAAGGCCUGCCAAUUGUUGGGCAGGCAGAUCCCAAUCGCCGUGAUACGGACCAGUGCGGAGGAGUCCCUGCCCGAGGGCGCCAUCGAUUUCAGCGAGGUGAUCAGCACGCAGAAUGUGCGAUACGAGGACUUGGUAACGCCCAAGGACGCCACCGCCGAGGACAUGGUCUUCCUGCCCUUCUCCUCCGGAACCACCGGUCUGCCCAAGGGCGUGAUGCUCUCCCACAACAACAUCACCAGCAACUGCGAGCAGGUGCAGGCAUCGCUGCCACUGGACCUCCUGGGUCCCCAGGACACCCUGCCCGGCGUCCUGCCCUUCUUCCACAUCUACGGCCUGACCGUGGUGAUGCUGUCCAAGCUGGGACAGGGUUGCCGACUGGCCACCAUGCCCAGCUUCAAGCCGGACGACUUCAUGCGCUCCCUGGACAAAUACCAGGGCAGCAUCCUCAACCUGGUGCCCCCAAUUGCCCUCUUCAUGAUCAACCACCCCAAGAUGACGCAGGAGACGGCGCGCCAUUUGAAGGUGGUGAUGAGCGGAGCCGCCCCCAUUGGCCAGCACGAUGUGGAGCGCUUCCUGCACAAAUUCCCGAAGACCGUGUUCAAGCAGGGCUACGGCAUGACCGAGGCCUCGCCGGUGGUUCUACUGACUCCGGAGGGCAACAAGAACUACGCCUCCACUGGAGUGCUGCCGGGCAGCACGGAGGCCAAGAUCGUGCCCCUGGAUGGGAGCGAUGCCAAGGGCGUGGGUCCACGCACCACCGGCGAACUGUGCGUGCGCGGUCCUCAGGUGAUGGCCGGUUACCUGAACAACGAGGAGGCCAACCAGGUCACCUUCUAUCCGGGCAACUGGCUGCGCAGCGGCGAUGUGGCCUUCUACGAUGAGGACGGCCUCUUCUACAUCACGGAUCGCAUGAAGGAGCUGAUCAAGGUGAAGGGCUUCCAAGUGCCGCCGGCCGAGCUGGAGGCGGUGCUGCGCGAUCACCCCAAAAUCCUGGAGGCGGCCGUCUUCGGUAUUCCCCACGAACUGAAUGGAGAGGCACCGCGUGCCAUUGUGGUCCUGCGCGAGGGAGAGAAGGCCAGCGCCGAGGAAAUCUCCGCCUACGUGGCCGAACGGGUGGCCCACUACAAGAAGCUCGAGGGCGGAGUGAUCUUCGUCGAUGAGGUGCCCAAGAAUCCCACCGGCAAGAUCCUGCGUCGCGAGCUCAAGGAAAAGUUCUCCGACUAAGUUCGCACAACAUGUGGGAUCUUCAUACGUUAAGAUAUAUUUUUUGUGAUUUUUUUUUUGUUCGUCUCAAUCCAGGGGUGGAGGCACCCAGAUUCCCAGAGAUCUUUAAGCCAUCGCUUACUCAAUGAAAGACCAAGUCGUUAUAACUUCUUGAAGAUCUCUAGUGAUUUGUUGCGACAACCCGCAGAACAUGUAUGUAUAUGAUGAACAUCAAUGUUGGCCCUGGAAUCGCUGAUCCAUUGGCGUUGGUUUAGACAUUGCAUUUACCACUUCGAAAAUAUGUAGUUUUUAGGCUUAGAUAUAGGUCUCGAUUAGUCGGCUCGAUUGGUCCAUAGUUGGUAAGUGUAGAUUAGGCAGCCCCUAUCCAUAAACAUAUACGUAUCUAUAAAGUGUAAUCUGUAUGCUUGUACUGCAACCUGUGUUUAAGCUUAAUGACGGACCCGAUAUUUCACUAUGAUAUUCCCCUAUUUACAUAUAUAUGUUUUUUUUUUUGCAUAGUGCUGUAAGACAAUUGUUUGUUAAUCGUAUUGAAAGACAGCGGCAUGCCAUUAAUAUAAAUAUAUACGCCAUGUAUGCCACGAUGUUUGAAAAUAAAGACGAAAUUUGCUAGUUGAAA